AUGGGGAUACUCCAGACGCGGCUCCAGCUCGUGGAGGGAUACUGGGCCAACUUCUGCGACAAUCACGUCCGCCUCCUGACCUCGACCGAGGACGACGCAGACGCCUACCGCGUCAGCAACCGCUACUUCGUCGCCAAGGACCUGUACUCCUCAAUCAAGGGGAACCUCAUCGACCUCCGGGAUCGUCUAUUCGCAUCGGAGAUCGGGUCACCGAGCCCCGCCUCGACCCCCUCAUCCAGCGCUACCGGAGGCCUUGACAUUCACGACGGAGGAAACGUCGCCUUGGCCCAGCUUCCCCGCAUCACCCUACCUCGGUUCGGAGGCCUCGACGAAGAGUGGGAGUCAUUCAAGGACCUCUUCAUCGACAUCGUGCACUCCAACACCAGCCUGGGAGAUGCCACGAAGAUGCUGUUUCUCAAGACGAAUCUCGACGGCGCGGCGGCCGAGGCAAUCAGGGACUUCAAGUCGUCAGGACACGACUACUCCACGGCCUGGGAGGCCCUCUGCAGCCGUUUCGACCAGCCAAAGCUGCGCGUGCGAGACCACCUCGACGCCCUACUCCACCUCGCACCGCUCGCCAAGGAAUCGCCGGAGAAGCUCGGCCGGCCAGUCGGCAGUUGGGACGACUGGUUCGUCCAUCUCGGCAGCCGAGCCAUGGACCCUGCCACCCGAAGAGUCUGGGAGGAGGAGAGAGAGGAGAAAACCAGCGAGCCGACCUUCGAACAGCUGGGAGAGUUCCUCCAGCGGCGGUUCCGGACGUUGCGGUCGCUGUACCCCCCGACCUCCGCCCUCCCUCAAUCGGCCAGCGCAUCCGACGCAUCCCGCAAGGCCGACCAGAGCCAGGGACGCCAGCCGAGCGGCCGACAUGUGCGGGCCCACACCACUGGCCUCAAGCGGAGCGGAUGCCCAGCCUGCAAGGAGGCUCACUAUAUUGGCCAUUGUCUGACCUUCCGCGGCCUGACGCCUGAGGAAAGGAGGAGAUUCGUCUCGGACCGCGGCCUCUGCUUCAACUGCUUGAGUGGCUCGCACUCGGCCAGGACCUGCCCGUCAAAUGGGACUUGCAGAAGCUGCUCUGGGGCCCACCACACCCUCAUCCACGAAGGAGCAGGCCGGCCGGCCAGACGUCCCGCUGACCGCGACGAGGACGAGGAUCCCGCGCCAAAGGCCCCCCGCGUCCAGGCCGCCGUCACCCGAGCCUGUCCAGAGGUCUCGGCGAGGGAAGAGGAACAGUUAUGA